GCCUGUGCGGACCUGCCGGGCCCGGGCACACCCAGCAGGGUGUGAGCACAGCAGCGGGAGCCGAGUGCUGGCACGCAUGGGCCCGGGAGAGCCCAGCCCCGCGCUCACCUGGCCCGGCUGCGGGAGCCCGACAUCCGCGGGGAGCAGGACACCUGACCUCGGCUCUGGCACAGUCUGCUGCUAUGGCAGACCCCCCUGGAUGCUGCUCCACCUGUGCCACCUGCCUGCUCUGCCCCUACAGCUGCCAGUGGAUCACUGCCAAGAAGGAGAAGAGGAAGGGCCUGAGAACCACCAAGUAUGACUGCAGCUGGUUCCUCUUCCUCUUCUGCGUCUUCCUCUUCACCUUGGUGUGGCUCUACUUCGCUAUCAUCAUCCUCAAUGAUUUCCACAACUUCAAUGAAUUCAUCUUCAGGCAGAAGAAGCUGUGGCUAGACUGGUCCCUGGUGCUGCUCAUAGCUACAGCCGUGCUGAUCAGCUACUCGUCUGUGCUGCUGGUCCUCGCUCUGUGCUUGCAGCUCUGUGGCCAGCCCUUGAAGCUACACUGGGUGCACAAGGUCCUGCUGGUCCUGACUGUCCUGGUGGUGGCUGCAGCCUUCACAGGCCUGGGAAUAAAGUGGGCAGAGGAGUGGAAAAGUGCAUGGAUCUCCCUGCAGGCAACAGGUCCCUUCCUGCACAUUGGAGCUGUGGGGGGAAUGACACUCCUUGCCUGGCCCCUGGCCAGCUUCAUCUACCGCACCCGCAGCACAGGUCUCAGGGUGUUUGUGCUGCUUCUGUACUGUGCAGCAAUGAUUGCACUCUACCUGGCUCCCUUGGGAAUCACCUCCCCUUGCAUCAUGGAGGAGAACCAGCUGCCCCCCAAGCCAGCCCUAGUUGGCCAUCGAGGAGCACCCAUGCUGGCCCCUGAGAACACCCUCAUGUCACUGCGCAAGGCAGUGGGCUGUGAUGUGCAAGUCUUUGAGACAGACGUCAUGGUGAGUGCUGACGGGGUCCCAUUCCUCAUGCAUGACGAGGAGCUCACCAGGACCACUAACGUGCAGACUGUGUUCCCUGAGAGGGCUGCCCUGAACAGCACUGCCUUCAACUGGACAGACCUCCAGCAGCUGGAUGCUGGCAGCUGGUUUCUGGAGCGGAGGCCAUUUCCCACGGUGCAGAGCCUUUCUCCUGAUGAUCGGCAGGAGGCAGCUGAACAGAGGAUCCCGUCCCUGGAACAGGCUCUAGAGGCAGCCAAGCACAGCAACAUCUCCAUCAUGUUUGACCUUCGGCCUGAGAACCACAGUGACUACCAGAACUUUGUCAAUGUCACCCUGGGAGUGAUAUUACAGUCAGGCAUCCCGCUGCAGCAGGUCCUCUGGCUUCCAGAUGGGUUCAGGGAAGAUGUCAAACAGCAGGCCCCAGGUGUCCAGCACGUCUAUGGCCGAAAGAGGGUCGAGAAUGAGAAGGAGCCAGUGCUGCACGUCAAUCUGCCCUACCAGGACAUGAGCUCUGAGGAGAUCAGGCAGUACCGCCAGGACAACAUCUCUGUCAACUUGUACGUGGUGAACCAGCCCUGGCUCUUCUCCGUGCUGUGGUGCUCAGGGGUGAGCUCUGUCACCACCAACGCCUGCCAGGUGCUGAAGGAGAUGGAACACCCCAUCUGGCUGCUGCCCAGCAGCACAUACUUCAUGAUCUGGAUCGUUGUAGACUGUGUUUCCUUCCUUAUCAUCAUCUGGGCCUUCGUCCUGAUGAAGAAAUGUUCCCGCAGGAGACGGCCAGCGGGUGAGUGCGCACGGAGCGGGAGCUUCCCUCCCUUGGAGCCAGGCUCUGCCUCUGGGACUCUCCCUGACAAGCAGGCAGCUUUCCCCAGCCAAACGUGACGGAGUGGUUUGGGAUGGCUGGGGGAGGGAAGGGAAUCCCAGCCCAGGGAGUUCCUCCCGUCCUGCCCUUAACAAGCAGCCCUGUGGGACAGCACUGGGGAAUCCCACAUUUCCCGAAUAUCCUCAAACCUGCUUUUCAGGCUGCUCCGCCUGUCGCUGCGGGAUGGUGGCUGCCCACAAUAAAUGAUUUUUCUCUGUC